CCCAUAAAGCACGGCUCAUAUUUAAUUCAUACUUGGCAACCUUUAUCCAAGAGCACAUGCUUUCAAAAUUUUGGAUGCUCUCUCUCUAAUCAAGAAACAUGGCUAGCAAUGGAGCAAUUCAGAGGCCAAGCGCCACUACAAGAUCUGCCUCGAUGGUUGAUCCCGGUGAGCCGAUAUCUUCAACAAUCGGAACAAACUGGAACGACUUCAAGUUUGCAGAAUUCAAACUGGUAUGUCCCUUCAAAAUCCCUUCAAGCCCAGAAGCAGCUAUUCUAAGAAUCAUCAGAAACCUGAACCAUUUUGCACUAUAUUACACUCAUUUUGUUUGGAUUAUACUGUUUAUUAGCCUAAUUCCAAAGAGAAAAGUAUCUCUGAUAUUACUGGUGAUCAUGACCUAUGUGGGAUCUCUGUUCCUGUUAUUGUUACGUGCGGUACCAAGUUCUAACAUUGUUCAUAAGAUUUUGGACAAAAGAGUGGUGCUUUCUGUGAUAGUUGUUGCGUCUAUGGUUGAGCUCGUCCUUACCCAUGCUGGUAUUCAUCUUCUUGUAUCGUUAGCGGGUUCUUUGCCUGUGGUUUUGGUUCAUGCUGUUUUGUGGGUUAGAGAGGAUUUCUCUGUUGAGGAGAAGAGCUCUGGUGGUGUUGGUGUUGGUCCUUCAGGGGAGUUGCUUCCUCUUGUGCAGGAUUCAUCGGCUGGGGUGUGAUUUUAUUUUAUUUUUAAAAAAUUUUUCCUUUUCAAGAAGUAGUGUUGGUUCUGUCUGAAUCAUAUUGGAUCGAUUUUUGGAUAACAUGUAAUUGAAUUUGCA